AUGGAAGACAACGACGAUGACUACUUCUCUGACGAGUUCGAUUCUCUGCCUCCUGGGACACUUUUUGAUUUAGAACAAAGUGCUUUUCAGGCCACCCAGGGACAGGCCACUCAGUAUCAGCAUAGCCCGACAAUUCCAAACAACUCAACUCUCCAUGGUCAGGUAAAACCUGCAGUCCGGAACUCCGCGACCUUGCAACCACCACCUCGUUUACACACCGGAUUAACGAAUGACUAUGAUACACUAGAGGUGGGUGAAUUGGGAGCGGAGAUACAUGACAAUGCGGAUGGCUCUGUGGUGUUUCCCAAUGGCCAUAUGCUAGUGAAGGAGCAUGAGUGGCCCGUCCACAGUGGCAUGGGUGAUGCGAUGGAGGUGGAUGAUCAUACGUCGGGGAACAUAUCUGGAGGAAUUGCGCGUCUAGAACAGGUAGGCUCGGAGCAUGCUCAAGUUGAUUCAUCAUCACUGACCGUUGUCAAUAUACAGCUGGAGCGAGAAAAAGAACAACUGCAAAUUGAAUUGCACGAUGCCAAAGCACAGGUGCAAUCGAAGACGGGCGAGAUUGCCAUUAUCCGAUCCAAACAGGCGCAAAUGAUCGCGAAUUAUGACCAGCAGCUGAUAGCUUUGCGCGCGGCCAUGGCGGAGGAAACAACAAAGCAUAAGGAAAUUGUCGAAGCCGCAAUGUCUGAAGGGCACAUAUUAGCGACAGAGAACAUCUUCCUUCAGCAUGAUUUAGCGGAGGAGGCACACCAUUUGCGCAAUUUCAAGUCGAAACAUCGACAGGAAGAGGGGCAUCCGCCCGUCACACCUAAGAAAUCUCGAAACCUACCGUUUCGAGAUGGGUUCGACGAUGACGAAAUCGCUGUAGUGUCACCCAGCAAGUCGGCUGCCCGGUCAAAACGAGUAACUCCGACUGUCUCAGGAAAACGAAAGCGACGGGCAAGUCAGGACACCCCUGUUCCAUUACAAUUGAGCCCUGCUGGUGAGCUGGUGAUGGCUGAAGCUCCUGCCGAUGGCCUUGAACCAGAUUACAAGGAAGGGCCCGAGCGACUUGUACGUGAUCAGCAGGUUAUGAAACGGUUGUUGAAUCAUCGCAUGCUCCCUGAUCAAGAAACCGAUAUUGAGGCGCUGGCAAGGAUAUCCUUUCCUUCGGAACCAGCACGACCAAUGUCUAGUAUGGUUUUGGACCGUUUGGCUCAGUUGGACAUGGGCAGCUAUGUGGUGGAAUACAUGCAUGCGAUUGGGCCACUUUGGCAACGUGCACUGACUGAGCGUUUUUAUGAACCUGUACCUCGAUUUAUGACCCUUGUGCGGUACGUCCUGAGGAUGAACGAUAUUCCACUUCCAAAGUUGAUCGGUCCUUUGGUCUCUGUGUUACAAGAUUCUGUUGAAGUUAACGCAGUCCCUCGGUUUCGAUAUUCCCCCGCUGCCCGGGAAAAAGCGAGGGUGAUCCGAUCGAUACCGACUCCACAGUCAGACUUGCAACCGCAGGUUGAUUCAACAGAGGCCCUACGCCUCCUAUAUCAUAUCGCAAGUGAAUUGUUACAUGUCAAAGAUGCACUACAAGACUUUUGGCGGCAGAUCCGACAUACGUUCACUCUCGUUAUGCUACAUCCUUCACAGCCACUAAAGGAUAUUGUGCUGAUCUUACACCUAUUAUCAACCAGCAUUCGACCAGAGUCGUUCGGGCCGAUCAUGUCUUCAGAAGGAGAACAGAAUGAUAUACAAAGAUGGCUUGUCGACCGACUUUCCUUUAUGUUUAGUGAGCGUGCCCAACCGGACGAGGGUCUUGAGCCGUACACCCCACAUGAUGUAUGUGCAAUGCGUCUGGAGGUGUUACUUUUGUUGGAGUCUUUAGCAUUCAAUCCAGCUGCGCCAACUCGGGAGCAUGGUAGCGCCAUCAUUGCUGCUCAUCCUAACGCGUUGGCGCGACUCUUCCGGUCCAUGCACGACGAGCUUGAUGCGCUAUAUGCGUCGCCCCCUGAGCAAGAGCUGCGAGUUGCGCUAGUCAAUGGACUGAUGCGUCUAGUGUUCGGGGUAAUCCGCCGCCACGGGUCCUCUAUUAACAUGCAAGAGAAGCUGGCACGUGUACCAGGUAGCAAGCAGAAGCACUUAGUCGUCCUGACACGCUUGGCAUUUUGCGACGGAUCCGUUCUCGAGGCCGGAAUUGAUGACGAGACCGUCGACAUGGCGCACGAUCUGCUUGAGGAGUGGACUAAUCCCCAAGAAGCUGAUUCAUUGGCUGAGGUGUUUCCGAGUUCUAGGCGAGAAUGA